UCAAUUUGAGGGUAAUGCGUCUCCCUUCCCAUGCUCGAGAGUGCAAAUGUGCUCGCAAUGAUCCCUUCUAAUGGCGUCGCUGCUCUUUGUCAUGGGUCGGAGUAAGAAUAGAAUAUCCAGAUUCCUAACGCCCAGAGCUCAUCUACGGAAUCUCUCCAUUAUGAAGGGCUGUUGCUGAUGAAUGUGUGCCUAGGAAGGUCACGAGUGGAUUUGCCCUGCCAGGGUCGAAAGGCUAAGACCGACGCAGGGAACCCGGCAGCUGCCGGUCUACAGUUUUGCAACUUUUCUGGGGCUUGAGAGGUUGGUAAAAUAUGAUUUCGGUCGAAGAGAGUUGUGGGUCUCUAUGAUGCUUGUCCGUGUUUGGCGCAGGUGUGUAGUGUGUACAUGAAGGCUGUUGGGUGUUCUGUCGAAGGGGAGCGGGCAACUUGAUUAUGGUCGAGGCUCGAUCAUCGUUUUAGCGUCGUGAGGUGUAAGGCUCUGGUGGGUGUGUGUGAUUCACGGAAGAUGGGCAUGAUUGAAAAGCAAGGGGGAGUACUGCCCAGUACCCACGUAGAUAAGGACAAGGCUUCCAAGCAGGACGUUGCGCCGAGGGAGAGGUAUAAGUCGAGGCGAGAGGAUAGGAAGCCAGGGGACGAAGAGAUUGAAACGCUGCGAACUGACAAAAUCUUCCUCAAGAGAUCGGAAAGCUCCAUGGCCGUGUGCACAUGCGGCUUAAUUAUAGAUCCGCGCCUCCCGGAUCAAGCCCUGUUUUCUCGUGUCAGCGGUGUUUGCAAGGUGCUGUUAAGGAAGUGGGCAGAUGUGGACGACUCCAAUAUUUCUGUGAUGAAAAUCUCCGGCGGAAUCACGAAUAUGUUGCUCAAGGCAGAAGUGGAGGGUGAAAACGAGGACAAACUGCCACCAGUGACUGUGCGUGUAUUUGGACCCAAUACAGAUGCUGUUAUUGACCGUGACCGGGAGCUUCAGGCGCUCACUUACUUAUCUUCAGCUGGGUUUGGAGCCAAGUUGCUUGGUGUGUUUGGAAAUGGCAUGAUUCAGUCCUUUAUUUUCGGAAGAACACUUGAACCUCUGGACAUGGGUAAGCCGGAGUUGGCAAAGCUGAUAGCUAUGGAAGUUCGAAGGCUACAUGAGUUAGAGAUACCUGGAUCUAAAGAACCACAAUUGUGGAAUGACAUCUACAAGUUUAUCGAUAAAGCGUCGGGAGUUAUAUUUGAAGACAGCGAAAAGCAGAAGACUUAUGAGACGAUCUCAUUUGAGAACAUCAAAGCGGAAAUUGAAGAGCUAAGGGCGAUCAGUAACAAUUUCGAUGCACCUGUUGUUUUUGCACACAACGAUCUUCUUUCUGGAAAUUUCAUGUACAAUGAAGAUGAAGGGAAACUUUACAUCAUUGAUUAUGAAUAUGGAUCACACAGCUAUCGAGGCUAUGACAUUGCUAAUUAUUUCAACGAGCAUGCAGGCUUCGACUGCGAUUAUAGCUUGUAUCCCGACAAGGAGAAGCAAUUUUACUUCUUCAGAUAUUACUUGCAUCCAGAGAAUCCUGAGAUGAGUACAAUUGCAGAGCUUGAAGAGUUUUAUGCAGAAUGCAACUUUUAUUCCUUAGUGUCUCACAUGUAUUGGGCCACGUGGGCAAUCGUUCAGGCAAGGUAUUCUCCCAUCAAAUUUGAUUACCUUGGAUAUUUUUUCCUGCGAUUUGAUGAGUACAAGAGACGCAAGGAGGAAUUGUUGUCUCUUACUUCUGAAUAUCUGAACUCGCGAAAGCAGUGAAACAUCUUAUUCCUCAGAUUUCACUCCAUUGACCUGUUCCCUCGUUUUAUCAUUAGUCCUCAUAAGAAUUGAUGGUUAGGUUCACCUAGUACAGAAGUUCGAAGCAUUGUUUGAGAAGUUAUCCAACUCUUUUGUGCGAAAAAAAGUUGAAUAAUAGACUGGUGAGCACGCUGAUGGAGUGCUGUGCCUUAUUAUCUCAAUCAUUCAACCAAGUUCAGCUGAAUCGUCAUUCAAUCUGAGUUUCAAUGUAACGGUUUGAAUCCGCUGAUGAAUUGAAAGCCAUUUUUUGAGGCAUUUUGAAUUUGACA